AUGUCCCUCGGGGGGACCACAGGCGACAACACGCGCCUGCUUCGGAAGGCUCCAGAGGAGGAGGAGGAGGAGGAGGAGGAGGAGGAGGAGGAGGAGGAGGAGGAGGAGGAGGAGGAGGAGGAGGAGGAGGAGGAGGAGGAGGAGGCGAUGCAGGCGGAGGGCGUGCGGGAGGUGGCCGUGGCAACUGGCCUGGAGGUGCUGUACCAGGAGACCCCCAACUACCGCGGAGCGGCGGCCGAGGCUGACCGCAUGAUCGAGCCAAAGGAGACGGCUAGGCAUGCCUGGCGAGUGCCAGACCUGGGCGUAGAGCCUAUUGCUAGUGCUGCAGAGGAGGCGGUUACUGAGGGGGGCUCGUGCCUCGCACACGUCUCACUCGCGCCUCUCGCCUUUCUUCUGACCACAGCCGCGUCACCUGCAGGAAAGGCCGCAGCAGCAGCAGGGGCAGUAGCAUCGCCAGCAGCACGGAAAGCACGGAAGGCAGGGCAAGCGGGGAAAGAAGGGGAGGAGGGGAAAGGAGGGGAAGCGGGGGAAGGAGGGGAGGCAGGGAAGGCAGGGAAAGCGGGGAAAGAAGGGGAAGCAGAGGAGACGGUAAAGGAAGAAGAGGCCGACGAGGCUGUAGAGAGAGAGGACGAGGGGGACGCGGACGAAGAUCAGGGGGGUUCCGGCGAGGAAUCCCCUUCAGGAAGGGAGCAGCAACGGCGGGGCGGGCGCAGAGCACGCGGAGCAGGCAGGGGGGAAGCGGGAGGCGCAAGCAGGGGCGCAGGGGGGCGCGGACGGGGUCGGGGGGCGCGGGGGAGAGGGGGGAAGGCUGGCGCCGGCCUUGUAUCCCCUGACCGCCCCAUGUCCCCAGGGGGAGCGGCAGGCGCGGGGAAGGGAAGAGGCCCCAGGAAGCGGUCCCCUGCUCCCCCUAUCGAUGCUGAUGGGGAGGCAGGCGGAGCGGGAAAAGGGGGAAGGGGCGGGGGAGGUGCUGGGGGCGGGGGGGCGGCGGGAGGGGCGGGGAGAGGUGGGGAGGAGCUGCAGGAGGUGGUGCAUGAGGUUGGGGCGGCGGGGAGUGGGAUUGUGAGGGAUGAGAAGGCGUUGGACUCGGUUGUGAAGGUGUUCUGCGUGCACACUGACCCCAACUUCUCCCUCCCCUGGCAGCGCAAGAGGCAGUACAGUUCCAACAGCAGUGGGUUUAUAAUUGAGAAUCGCCGUGUGCUCACCAACGCGCACUCCGUCGAGCACCACACGCAGGUGAAGGUGAAGAAGAGGGGGUCAGACACCAAGUACCUGGCAACGGUGCUUGCUGUGGGCACAGAGUGCGAUAUAGCGCUGCUGUCGGUGGAGGACGAUGAGUUCUGGAAGGACGUGCAGCCACUCAAGCUGGGGUCUCUCCCGCACCUCCAGGACCCGGUGACCGUCGUGGGGUACCCUAUAGGCGGGGACACGAUCUCAGUCACAAGUGGGGUGGUGUCACGAAUCGAGGUGACAGCGUACGUGCACGGGGCGUCAGAGCUGCUGGGAGUGCAGAUAGACGCCGCCAUCAACUCGGGCAACUCGGGCGGGCCGGCGUUCAACGCGGCGGGCGAGUGUGUGGGGAUUGCGUUCCAGUCGAUGCGGGGGGACGAGGCGGAGAACAUCGGGUACAUCAUCCCCACGCCUGUUAUCAACCACUUCAUCUCGGAUUACGACCGCAAUGGGCACUACACAGGUUUCCCCAUCCUGGGAGUGGAGUGGCAGAAGAUGGAGAAUCCGGACAUGCGCAAGGCGCUGGGCAUGGAGGCGGGGCAGAAGGGCGUGCGGGUGAGGCGCGUGGAACCCACCUCGCCUGCCGCGCAGCUGCUGCAGACUUCAGACAUCUUGCUCUCCUUCGAUGGCGUGGCAGUGGCAAAUGAUGGCACAGUGCCGUUCCGCAAGGGCGAGCGCAUAGGCUUCAGCUACCUGGUGUCUCAGAAGUAUGAGGGGGAGACGGCACAGAUCAGCGUGCUGCGAGGAGGCAAGGUGCUUCAGCUGAAGGUGGAGCUGAGGAGGCACAAGCGCAUGGUGCCCGUGCACAUCGCAGGGCUGCCCCCGUCGUACUUUAUUGUGGCGGGGAUAGUGUUCACCUGGGUCACUGUGCCCUACUUGAAGGCCGAGUACGGCAAGGACUAUGACUACGAUGCGCCAGUGAAGCUGCUGGAUAAGCUCAUGCACCGCAUGAGGCAGUCGGAUGAUGAGCAGGUGGUCGUCAUCUCGCAGGUGCUGGUUGCGGAUGUGAACAUCGGGUACGAGGAGGUGGUGAACACGCAGGUGGUGAGCUUCAACGGGGUGCCAGUGAAGAACCUGCUGCAGCUCGCUCGCCUCGUGGAGGAAUGCACGGAGCCCUUCAUGCAGUUUGGCCUUGAUUAUGACCAGGUGUUGGUGCUUGAAACAGCUAAGGCCAAGAAUGCCACACCUGACAUUCUUUCCAUGCACUGCAUCCCAUCUCACUGCUCCAAUGACAUCAAGGAAGGCCAUCUGUCCACAGUUCAUUGGGAGGAGGCGUACGGGCUGCAAAAAGAGUCCCUUCUGCCCCCGGAAAAGAUUUCCCUGCCCGCUGACGUGGCAGCAGCUCCGCAUUUGGAGGCAUGCAGCGAGGUGUCGGCGCACAGACGGGCAGCGGAGGAGCGAGGACCCAAUGGGGAGUCCCCUGAGUGGGCUCGACCUAAAGACUGCUGCGGCUGCAACCCACAGCCGCCAUGGAUUCGCGGGUCCGACGCAGCCAAUCUGGGCAUGACACGUGUAGCACAGAGGGACAUCUGGGAGCACCAGUUCCCGCCCAAUCGGUGUGAGGGGCGGCGCCUGCUCAUUGCUCACUGGGCCUACAUCGCCCAUGGGAUCGGGUCGCAGUUGCACAUAAUAACGGCCAUUCUGAGCCUGGCCAUGCGCCACAACCGCACGCUGGUUCUCCAGUAUCCCUCGUUUGAUCGCGCCAAGCACGACGAGUGCAAUGCCACAGGAGCAUGGGGCACGUUCAACUGCUACUUCUUCCCUCUCACCUCUCCUGACUGCGAGGAGAUCGCCCUUAAGUCCAACAGCACCGGGGCGCUGCCGCCCUGCUGCACGCCCAGCACCAAGGAGGAGGUGCUUGCAUCGGACCACCCUAUCGUGUGCUUCCAUGGGGAGCCCUUCAAUGGGCUUCAGUUCGAAGCCAGCAUUGCCAGCCAGUGGGGUACAGCUUACCUGGAGCGACCCAACAUGAUAGAGCUGCAGGGGCAGGUGGAGAGGGACAAUCCGCAGCACAUCAAGGUGCAUUGGUGGCGCAGCCAAGCGCUGCGCUUCAUGCUGCGCUGGCCCUCGCCGUACCUCUGCCAUCUCACCAACCGCAUUCGCCACGGCGCCUACGGGCUCCGUGUUGCCACCCACACAGUGCAAGCCCGUGAUCGCAGCACCGCCCUCCUCCGACUCUACAUCGACCACCUCGCUGCUGCCUCCUCCUCCUCUUCACUCGCCGCCUCUGCUGCUGCUGCUGGAACUGAUGUGGUAUCCUCAACGCCUCUCCGCCCCCUCAGUCUCAACCACACCGACCCGUCUUUCCUUUCCUUUGCCGAUCCAUCCAUGCAAGCCCGGGCCUGGCCCGGGCUCGGCGUCGCCAGCUGCUCAGGCUCGGCAAGCUCGCCCGGGCCUGCACCUGGCUUCCGAGCCUAUCUGACGAGCCUGUACGAGAGGGUGGGGCGGGAGGCGUAUAUGCCUCGGCCGAUGGUGAGCCUGCACAUUCGGCAGGGCGACAAGGGGAGUGAGAUGAAGCUGAGCUCUUUCAACUCCUUCAUGUUCUAUAUGCACCGCCUCAGACUCCACGUUCCUGACAUCCGAUUCGUGUGGAUCAGCACUGAAAUGCAGGUGAGGCUGUCUCAAGCGCAGUUCAGGGAUUGGACCUUCUUCUACUCGCAGAGCAAGAGGCAGCACCCCCCGAACUCACUCUCUCUUCCCCCCUCCCCGCCCCAGUCUGUGAUCGACCAAUCAGCGCAGUUCAAGGACUGGACCUUCUUUUACUCGCAGAACGAGAGGCAGCUGGGCGACAUGCGGCUGAUCGACUACGAGAAGAAGGCUGGCAGGGCGCAGCUGGUGGGGGUGAGCUUUGCCAACCUGAUUAUCUCUUCGGAAUGUGACUACUAUGUGGGUGUGCUUGGGUCCAACUGGAACAGGCUGAUCAAUGAGAUGCGGGCCACGAGUGGACGGGUGUUUGCUGGGUAUGUCGCGAUCAACAAUGGUGAAUUUUAG